CGUCGCGAGACCAAAAGAGAGCUCCCAAUGGCUUCUCUCCUCUUCUCCCCUUCUCGUCUUCCCACAUCGCUCUUUUCCACUCUCGCCCUAUUCAUCUAUUCCCCAAAUCCCCACCGCCACCAUUCCCAAUCCCUUUCUUCCAUUAAGACGCCCACGAAGGACCGCGCCCUCAUCGUCUCAUCCGCCCUCGCCGAGUCCAAUUCUUCCAAAUCCCUCGACGACGGCGGCCGCGGCGAAGACGGAAGCGACGACGAUGAUCUCCUCCCCCUCCUCCGAGAGCUCUCCGAUUGUCUGCUUCUCCCUCCGGAUUAUCUAUCCAGUCUUCCUCGCGAUCUCCGGCUUGAUUUGAAUGAUGCGGCAUUUGAUCUCUCCAACGGGCCUGUCUUGGAUGACUGUGGUGAGGUGGUGGGCGACUUGCUUCUAAAUCUUUCCAGAGCAUGGGAACAAGCUGACACUUCGACUUCAAAUAGCCUAGCGAGGCAGCUGCCGUCAAUGGAGAGCUUUUUGACAAAAAAUGUCAAAGCAUCACUUGGCAAACGCUUGGUAUCCGCUGGAAGGAGAUUUCAGGCAAUGGGACAGUAUGCUGAUGGAGAGCCACAAAAGAUUGCCACAACAAUGAUUAAAAUUGGAAAGCAGCUAUCUAGAGGUCCAGUGGUUACAGGGGAUGAGGAGCCCAAAAUGGAAACCAGGACCCUGAAGUUUGGUGAAUUGCAGGUUGAGUUGACUUCGAAAAAGGCCUUUAUUGGUGCUGGAAUUGGUUUAGUGUUUGGGAUCCUCUCAUGGCAAAUAAGUCGGGGCAUCGAAAACAUACCAGAAAGCUCCUUAGAAUAUGCCAAUGAUAAUGCAUUGUUACUGGCAAAGUCACUAAGGGGAGCUCUUCUUGCCUUAUUCUAUUCAUCUGCGGCUUUAUCAGUAUUUACUUCAAUAGGGCUUGUUUUGUUAGGAAGACAACUGAGCUCUGAAAGCAAAUGACAGAAAAUGUUGUUGCUUAGAGAUGGUAUUAGUCUCUCACCUCCAAGUGCAUUCUCAGUGAACCAAUAUGUAGGAGUUGUUUGCAAACGCAGGUGGCGAAUCAAACAUGUCUAGGACUUUUAUUGGGUUUAUCAAACUACUGUGGAAUUACUCAAUGUAAGUGGCAAACAUCUGAUAUGUUAUUGGUCACUUCCUCUAGUAGACUAUUAUUUUCUUUAGUUUCUUAACUGAAUUUUUUUUCAUGGUAAUGCCUUCCAAUAAUCAUCUAUUUUGAUUCUUAGUCUAUAAUUGGCUCACUUUUUUUUUCCUUAAUGAUUCAGAAAAACAAUUCAAGGGAACAUUUUAUAGGAAAAGUCAAAUGUAUUUAAAUUACACAACUCAAAUUGUUGGCUGUGAUGGCCAAGAAGAGCCAACUCAACAGAACAAUUUUUUCAUCCAAGUUCAUAUACGGCAAACCAUAAUUCUCAUUUUCUAGGGAAUAAGCCAUAUAAUCGCAUCAGCUUCCCAAGUGGCAUGGUCCACCAGCAGUUCUUGUAUCCUUUCAUUAGAUAGCGGAGAUCAUCUUUAACUUUCCCCAUUACCUAUGAGUUUAGUACUUUUAACUUACCCAUCAUUGAUUGGCCUUUGAAGCCUGCAAUAACAAAUUUCUUUUACUAUCAGCGAUCCUUGUGUUUCAUGAUGCCCUAUUAAAUUAAUCUUCUGUUGUACAUCAUGUGUGUGCAAGUUUAAGUUUCCAGGAAUUUCAGAUAUUGUUCGCUUUAUGGAGGCAGUUAUCACUACUCCGAGGAAGGAAUGAUUACGGAAGAGUAUUAAAGUGUAUUUAUUCUUCGGAAGUAGUUUGGAUCAUUUUAUGGGUGGUCAAAUGAAAUCCAUAGCUUGUUGCUUACUUAUUGAUGUUGUUUAUGCACAAGCUUUUUAUGGCUUCUCUUUAUAUUUUUUUUCCAAAGUUCUUUUCUCCCUCUUAAGGUUGAUGUUACCACCAUUGUUUUUGAUGCAAGAGUCGUUGAGAUGCUUGUGUUUUAAAGUAGUUUAGUUCAAUAGACCCACAAUUUGGGGAUGAAUAAAAUGGGUUUAUUUUUUCAGUGUCAUCA